AUGGACCAGUCGCGCGAUGAGACGAAGAGGCUCAGGGACGAGGACUUCGAUGAGCUCAUGGCUGCUUGCGACACCGCCAAAAACGCUGUGAAAAAUGAAAAUUCACUCUCAAGAACUUUGGAGCGUUUAAAAAUGGAUAACGAUCCACUACUUGAGGGCGAGACGGACCCGAUCCAUGCUGCAAAGGAGCUUGGGGACAGUGCUCCUUACUCUGCUGCACCACCUACCGACAAUCUUUCCACGCACUCUGCUACAAACAUUGACAUUCGCUCUACUCCCAAACCCCUAACCAACCCUAGUUCCAGUUUGUCUACAAAUACCACUUCCAAUACAAAUAGUAAUCCCAGCUCUAAUCCUGGACCAGAAAUGACUGCAAGAGCAUUAGAUAAGCUGGACUCAUCUGUGGAGUCGGAAGAUCCACUGACAGUUGUGGAAAAGGAUGAUAAUGGAUUUGUUUUUUAUAAGUGCCGCUUUUGUGGCCUCACAUUCAACUAUAUGAAUACACUGCGAGCACAUGAAAGGGUUCAUAACAUCUCACAAGGGUUCACUUAG